AUGGCAUUUUACAGCAGCUCUUUCAAAGUAAGCACUUCUUACUCACCACUUUCUCACAACUGCUAUCAUCGCUUGUACCGCGGAUUUGCGACCAGCGGCCUCGGCAACCUGAUUUCCGAGUUUGCUCUGAGUUGGCGGACUGAAGACGAGGUCCACUCUCGAGCGGGAGAGACGACAUCAACCAAAAGGCAGAUCGUGCUAUGUAUAAGAUGUGUUCGGAAACUGAUGUGGAAGCGCAGUAAGGAGAAGGAAGGAGCGAGGAGAGGGGCCGGUGUUAAGGUCGAAGAUGACGAGAGAACGAGAUGUCAGGGCGACCACCACGGGAGGAAGACCAAGGAGGGAGAAAGCAAGCAGCAAAUAUUCGCGAGUCGCUUCAAGGGGAAAAUCUAUAUAUCGGGCCGCCAUGAAAAGAGCGAACGACGAUGCAUCGACAAGUGUUCACGAUCAAGAGAGGAGCAUUCUUCCUUACGCCGCCGGAGUUCUCGUUCACGAUUCCCUCGACGGUAGAGAGGAUUACAGAGAUGUUGAUCAAGUUGGUGUCCGGUGAAGGAGGAAGUGAAGGUGGGAGGCAAACAAAGUCGUUCCGUCGGAAAGGUUUCUCCUAGCUAAGCUGUGCAGAUGCGUGAAUUGACGUACUCUAACAGUAAGUUAGUUCAUGACUUCUCUCG